CAACAUUUGGGAGGCAAUGUGGUUCAGUGGACAGAGGGCAGGCCAAAGAGUGAAAAAAACAGGAUUCUACACACACAGGAAGUUGUUCAACUUUUCCUACCAUCCCAGUUUCCCCAUUCCAGUUCUAUGAUUCUGUGAGUGGAAACCACAGACUUUACUAAUUAGUGCUUGGGAUCUAACCUCCUUCCUAUUUGUGGAUAAUGUAAUGAAAAUGCAAGUGGAUACACCUGCUUACCAUCUGUAUAGUGGACCUUCCCAAAUCUGGUCUUCAGAUCUUGAUAGGUAAUAGACAGUACAAGUAGUGUUGAUGGAUGACCUGCUCUUGUCCAUGGAUAAGAGACAUACAUUCACACUCUUGGAUCUCUCUGAAGCAUUUGAUAGAAUGCUAUUGUCCUGCCUUAGACCUACUGGGGAGUUGGUGCCAAUCUUUCCCAGAAAGAGCCCUAGCUUGUGAAGUUGCUUAGUUCUCCUUUUUCUUCUUCAAGGGUGGAGGUGGGGGGGAUCAAUAAUAUGCUGACUUCCCAUUAAAUACAGGGUCAUAUUAAGGUUUUGACCCUAAUCUUCAAAGCUGUCUAUGAAACUGGCCAGAGCUACUCAAGGACUGUGUUUUCUUCAUGACAGGGAAUAAAGCUUUUAAAAGAAUUCAUUACGAACUACAGAACUGUCAGUCAAAAAAACUUGAGUGGAAGACGGCAGAUGACCCACAACUAUGGAAUUCACAAAUUAGUGCUUCCAGAACAAACCAAUGAGAGCAAACCAGUGCAGAUGAUGUUCAAGGAAGCUAAAUUUAACAUGAGCUACAUAGCAGAUUUUCAGACCAAAAUCCUUGACCUCCCUUAUGUUGAUAACGAGACUAGUAUGAUCAUCCUGCUUCCUGAUGAAAUCCAAGAUAAUUCCACUGGCCUGGAACAGCUGGAAAGAGAACUUACCUAUGAGAAACUUACAGAGUGGAUACAUCCAGAAAUGAUGGACUAUACUGAAGUGGAGGUGUUUUUACCCAGAUUUAAGUUGGAACAAGCUUAUGAUCUGAAGCCUGUUCUGAAGAGCAUGGAAAUGGCUGAUGCAUUUGACAGCAACAAGGUGGAUUUAUCUGGAAUGUCAGCCAGCAAUGACCUAGUUCUGUCUGAGGUUGUUCACAAGUCCUUUGUGGAGGUAAACGAAGAAGGCACGGAGGCAGCAGCUGCUACUGCAUUAGUGUUCCGUAUGCUUUGUGCACGGAUUGUACCACAGUUCACUGCUGACCAUCCUUUCCUCUUCUUUAUCCGGCACAACAAAACUGGCAACAUUCUGUUCUAUGGCAGAUUUUGUUCCCCCUAAAA